AUGCAGCACGAUGCAAAGUCGGAACUUCUGCAACCAUUUAUUGAGCUGAUUCGCGGAGGGUCACCGGAAGUUGUUGCAAAGAAAGUUACCACCAUCCAGCUGGAUCGAAUUCUCAUCGGCUGCAACCAGCUAUUGCGUGGAACUGGCGCAUGGAGAAGUCAUGCAGCUCCUGCAGCAUGCGAACUCUCACGGACAGAGGCAAGAACGAAAGAUGACAAGGAGGACGCAGCACGCGAAAAAGAGGAAAAGCGUCUCUGGAGCAAAGACAGACUCAUACAAAAUGCAACUCCCAAAAAGGAAGAGUCGCCAAGUCCGAACAAGAGCGGAAAGAAUCUCUCUCUGCCAAAAUCGCCAGACUCUCGCAAUACUUCUCCAUGGAGGACACAACGACGCGCUGUUGCCGUAGUUCGACCGCAGCCGGUUGUAGUCAUGAGAUCUGCAAGUCCAGUGCCGAAACUUUCCGAUACAAAUGGUCGACCAAGCCGUUUACCGCUCAGUACCGCUAGCAGAGAGAAGGAGGCGUUGAAGAAAGGUAUCAGCUUCGAGCUUGGAUUCACAACUGCCACGGCCACCUUCUCGAACAGCGUCGGCUCGAAAUAUCAUGAGCACAUCAACUUCUUCACUAGAGACUUCUUCAAAGGUCCAACUCUUUCGGACUGCGUAGAUCCGCCACGACGUCUGCGUUUGGAAACGGAUCGACAUCAACUUCAUCGUUCUCACUUUCACAAUCCAGGCCAUGCAUCUAACAUCGUUCGACAAAAUCUUAUGGUUUCCACGCCGUUUCCAAGUCACUAG